UGCAUGGUACUGUCGUCGAUCGGGGCUCCGGUAGAACGAGUCAACCUGACAGUGAUCCUCUGACCCACUAAACUAUCCCCAGUCAACCGGAGUGACACUGACAGAUCAACACGUGUGCUCACCGGAUAUUCUUAACAGACCUGUAAAGGCGACGCACUAAUGACAUUCUUAACAACCUAGGACGGCCCCGACGUGGCGGCUCGCCAUUCGACCACCCGCCAAGAAAGAUCAUCUGAACUUUAUGCUCUCUUGUGCUCCCCAGCUAAUCCCUAGCAAAGGAAGCAACCAGGAGAGACGCGUCCCUGAAAUUCUUUCCUGUUUCUCCCCGCCAUUGGCACCACCGGGCCACUCUGUUUUUAAACCCUCGCCGUGAUCCGAGUAUCAUCACACAAUCACGGCCUGCAACUGCCAUUGUCGUGUGCGGAUGGCGGAGGAGCGGGAGGAGGCGGGCGUGGCGCUGACGGGGAGGCGGGCGCGGGCGGACACGAGGCACCCGGUGUACCGGGGCAUCCGGUUCAGGGGCGGCAAGUGGGUGUCGGAGAUCCGGGAGCCGGGCAAGGCCAGCAGGAUCUGGCUGGGCACGUACCGGACGCCCGAGAUGGCCGCCGCCGCGUACGACGUCGCCGCAUUGGCGCUGCGGGGCGCCCAGGCCGCCGGCCCCGCGCUCAACUUCCCCGGCGAGGCGCUGACGCGGCCCGCGCCGGUCUCGUGCGCGCCGGACGACAUACGGGCGGCCGCGGCCGCGGCUGCGGCAAUGGUUGUCGACGCCGGCGGCAGCUCCGGGAGCUGCGGUGCGGGUGAACAGGGCCGCGUCGUGGACGAGGAUGACGUCUUCGAGAUGCCGCGGCUGCUGGCGAGCAUGGCGGAGGGGCUGAUGAUGAGCCCGCCGAGGCUGGGCGCGGCGACGGCGGUGGACGACGACCAGGAUGGCGGCAUGAGCUUGUGGGAGCACUCCUGAGAUUCUCUUCUCCUGUGUAGCCGGUGUGUUGCACAUGCACUAGUACGAAACUUGAACGGGAAGACAUAGCACACAAGUACAGAGAGCUGUGCGAAUUUUGCGGUUCCCCGUAUCGAUACGUGG